AUGAGUGCAGAUAAGAAAGACUACGAGCGCAUCUGCAUGGAAUACGGCAUCACCAACUUCCGUGGGAUGUUGAAGAAACUGAAGAAGAUGAAGCAAGAGCAAGGUGACGACAUCACAGAGGACAGCGAAAUGGUCACCUACUCAAAAGAAGAAUGCAACGAAAUACAACAUUCUCUGAAGCAAGUUGGCAAAAAACAUGACGCAGAGCUCUACUCCAUGGAUGUGGAUGGUGCCACUGUAGACUUAAAAGCACCUGAUGUCGACUUUGCUAUUAAAAUCCAAGAGGUCAUGGCGGAGGAAAGACAGGAUGCAGUGUUUACAUGCGUCCUGACGGGGCCUCUAGACGAGAUCAAGUGGUUUUGCAAGAACAUGCAGCUGUCAAACGGAGAAAAAUUCGAAAUCACCGUCUCGGAAGAUAAGCUCAUCCACAAGCUGAUGGUGCGUGACUGCCUGCCAUUGGAUGCUGGCAUCUACGUUGCUGUGGCAGGCAUCAGAUCGUGCAACGCCUGGCUUGUGGUUGAAGCACCUGAUGUCGACUUUGCUAUUAAAAUCCAAGAGGUCACGGCAGAGGAAAGACAGGAUGCAGUGUUUACAUGCGUCCUGACGGGGCCUCUGGACGAGAUCAAGUGGUUUUGCAAGAACAUGCAGCUGUCAAACGGAGAAAAAUUCGAAAUCACCGUCUCGGAAGAUAAGCUCAUCCACAAGCUGAUGGUGCGUGACUGCCUGCCAUUGGAUGCUGGCAUCUACGCUGCUGUGGCAGGCAUCAGAUCGUGCAACGCCUGGCUUGUGGUUGAAGCGGAUAAAGAGGGUAGCAGCAAAGGAAAUAAAGCCGCUCGGAAAAACACCAUGGUGGUGGGUGGUGAUGACGAAGACUUGCUGAGGAUCGCCAAGGAGCAGCAGGAAAGGUACCAGAAAGAAAUGGAGGAGAAGCUGGCUCAAUCGGAGCGGGAUGCCGCUGAGGAAGCCGCUCGGCUGGAGGCGCAAGCGGCUAAAAAGCGGUCCGACGAAGCCAAGGCUGCCUCGAAAGCCGCUGCCAGAGCAAAAAAGGCGGAAGCCGGCGUGGAAGAGCCUUCCAUCAAAGCAGCAGGAAGCGGUUCUGAUGUGACUGUCGAACCGCACCUUGUAGAGCAGAGCGAAGACAAUGAAGUUGGGGAAAAUUCCUUAUUUAUGGAAUCAGUUGAGGUCGAUGAAGUAACAGGUGGAGACGGUGCCCCUGUCCAAGAUAUAGUUAAAGGAAAUGAUCAUGGCGAGGGAACCGCAAAGCCAAAAAGUGAAAAGUCUGGAAAAAAAGAAAAACUUCCCAAAGUGAUUGUGAGCCAAAUUACGGACGGUGAAGACGCUGCUGUCGGAAAUGAUCAUGGUGAGGAAACUGCAGAGCAAAACAGUGAAAAGUCUGUGACUAACUGUCCCAAAGAGAAAAUUGUGGACGGUAAAGACGCUGUUGUUGACCCAGGUGUUCACUUCCACAUCGGACUCUCCGACUGCAAAGCCAUCAUUGGGGAAGACGCGGAGCUUGUGUGUAAACUCAGCAGCGAGGACUGCGAGGGUAUCUGGUACAAAGAUGGAGAAGAAAUAAAGUCGACGGAGGCUAUGACCAUUAUAAAAGAAGGAAGCUACCAUAAGUUGAAACUUCACAAAGUCCCAGAGGAAUUUGCCGGAAAAUAUAAGUUUGAAGCAGAUGGACGGAAAACGGAGGCCUUAGUGGUUGUUGAAGAUCCCCCAAGAUUCAACCGAGAGGACCUAAAAACCUUUAUCAAUCCUGUUACGGUGAAAAAGGGGCACAAAGCAACCUUCAGGUUAGCAUACAUGGGACAGGAGCCAAUAAAAGUUCAGUGGUUCCUCGAGGGGGAAGAGCUUUCGGACGCGGCCAAUAUCAAGCUCGAAACCUCGGAUGGCUGCACACGUCUGCUUCUGAUGAAGCUGCAGCGCAAGGACAGCGGUGAAGUCAAGUUGAAGCUAAAAAAUGAAUUUGCCACUGCCGAGGCCUUAACUGAACUGAUUGUAUUAGAUAAACCCACGCCCCCGAUGGGACCUGUGGAGAUUGUCGAAGCUUCCUCUUCUGCAAUUGAGAUAAAGUGGCGACCACCGAAAGACAGCGGCGGCUGCAACAUAGGCAACUAUAUUCUCGAGAGGCAACAGGUGGGCCGCAAUACCUGGAAGAAGGUUGGGCCCAUCGGUCCGCUGGCGAAAUACCGGGACCUUGACGUAGACCAUGGCCGCAGGUACUGCUACCGCAUCAGAGUGGAGACUGAAAUUGGCACUAGUGAGCUGAUGGAAACGGAGGACAUUCAAGCUGGGACAAAAGCAUACCCUGGACCUCCAUCAACACCAAAGGUUGUCAGUGCCUUCAAGGACUGCAUCAACCUUUCGUGGACUCCUGGCAACUCGGGAGGCACCAAAAUUCUCGGAUACAACCUUGAAAAACGCAAAAAGGGGAGCAAUCUGUGGGGUCAAGUCAACCCGCCGGAUGAGAUGAUCAGAGCUAAAGGGUUUGCUGUUAAAGAUGUGGUAGAGGGAAUGCAAUAUGAAUUUCGUGUGUCGGCUAUCAAUAACUCUGGACCGGGUGAAUUUAGCACACCUUCAGAGUUUGUCUUUGCCAGAGAUCCCAAAAAGCCUCCUGGAAAAGUCAUCAAUUUGAAGGUGACCGACUCCAGCUACACAACUCUAUGCCUGUCUUGGACCAAACCCAAGGACAUUGAGAAGGUCCAGGACGAAGCCAAGGGUUACUUUGUGGAGAUCCGGCCCGCAGAGAACACAGAAUGGAAUCGUUGCAAUUCCAACUUAGUAACCACAAAUUUCUACACGGUGAAAAACAUGAAGUCGCUGGGCAUGUACUGGGUGAGAGUGAUCGCUAUCAACGAUGGCGGCGAGGGGGAACCACAGGAACUGGAUAACUACGUCCUUGCUAUGCCGCCUCCCGUGAGACCACGCUUCACCGACACCAAAAUCAAGAGCUUCAUGGUCGUGCGAGCCGGAAAUUCAGCACGACUUACAAUGAACUUUGAGGCAUCGCCGUGGCCCGAGGUCACGUGGCUGAAAGACGACGUGCCGGUCACUAAAAAAGUGACGAUUAGCAAUGCGGAAGGCACUUCCCAGCUCCUAAUUCCUUCCUCUGAGCGCUCAGACUCCGGGGUCUACACCGUUGUUGUGAAGAACAUUGUCGGACAAGAAACAUUCAGUAUUGAAAUAAGAGUCACAGAUGAACCAAAGCCACCAGGUCCAGUUGAAAUUGAAGAAAAUGUGCCAGGGACGGUGACCAUUUCGUGGACGCCUUCUCCAGACGAGAAACGUGACGACAGGUUGCAUUACAUGGUGAUGAAGAGAGACUCCACCAAGGGCACAUGGUUGACCGUGGCAGAUCACAUUUUUAACAAUAAGUUCACAGCCUGCAACAUAAUGCCGGGCUGCGAGUACCAGUUCCGCGUCUAUGCAAAGAAUGACAUGGGCUCCUCCAAACCGUCUGAAUCACCAAAGUGGCUGCUAUCAAACAAGAAAGAGAAGUUCACAGUGAACAUACCGGAAUCCAAGACCUGGGAUCUCCAGUGCCCCCCGAAGUUCCUCGUCCCACUGAAAAUGCACACCGCUCCCCAAGGAUACGAAUGCUACAUGAGCUGCGCUUUAAAGGGGGACCCGACGCCUCACGUCACGUGGCUUCGCAACAACAUUAGCCUGAAUACCAACACAAACUACUACAUCUCCAACACCUGCGGAGUCUGUUCUCUACUCAUAUUGAGGGUUGGACCCAAGGACACCGGAGAGUACAAGGUGGUGGCAGAAAACCCCAGAGGGAGAGCAGAGUGCUCCACCAAGUUGACAGUUAGGGAAUAAAACAAUUUUAAAAACAUGGAGAAGAUGGACUUUUGACCAGAAAAAAAGCAAAGCUGUCACUCACAUGAAAUCAUUGCUGCUGAUCUUCAGUGUUGAAACAACCCUCUCUGACACCUUGUUAUGGUCCCCUUAUGAUGUCGAAGACUUGUUCAACAAAUGUUGACUUGAUAAUUAUUUAAUUUAAUGCAACAAAAUAUAUAUAUUUUGAUGGGUCUAGUAAAUAAAUUGCCUUACGAACACAGUAUACUAUUAUUAAAAAGUAACGUUUAAGUUGACACAAUCGUCGUAUGCGUGUCUAACAGCAAACAUCACACUGUAGAAAUUAAAUACAUUCAUGUUAAAUGCAUUUUCGUCAAAGCUGACUGUCCACUGCCUGAAUUGGUUAAGUCCCAAGCACUAACU